ACUACCGAUUGCUGGACUGAAAUUGAGUCUUGGGCUUACCCACGCACCGGAUAUCUGCAAUGAAAAAAAGGUCUCGUUCUUCAGCAAGUAGAAAAUUGACAGCGCCAGAUACCUUCCAAAUGACAACCAGGUACAAUUGCUCCGCCAAGAGGCUAUUCCCAGACGGACAGUUUUGGUAUGUCACCGGCCUCUCAGCCCAAACCCAAGAUGGUCUACAAUAAAAAAACUCCAUAUGGAGAAACGUGCCCAAUGUGCUUGGACGCCACGACCCACUCUCAGUAAAAGAUUAGGCCGUAUUACCGCUCCAAUGGCAUUGCAGAAUUCUGUACAAGGGCAUGCUGAGGAGCGACACAAUGUGCAUUUCAUGCUCGUGCGGGAGAAGAGGGACGUUUGACGC